CUCCCUCCCUCCCUCCCAGCCCGGCGGUACCCUAACCAGCGCGGUCAUUUGCGGGCCUGAGCUGGUCCGUGCCGCAACCGCUGCCGCCGCUCCCUCCAGCCUCCGCAGCGGCCUCAAGGUGUGAAAACUCGCGAGUGUGCGACGGAGGGACGCUUGAGUGUGUGUGUGUGCGUGCGUGCAAAGGACACACUUAUUCUUUAAAAAAAAAAAAAAAAAAAAAAACUCCCCGUGGUGUGCGUCGAAGGAACAUACUGAAGAAAACUCUAUAUACCAGAAGACCUGUCGACGAAGAGGAUAUUUUUUUAUUCCCACUGGACUUCGAUAUUUAUUCGCGUUUCUUCGAUUCUUCAUUCGUGGUGAUUUGAGUUCGUUCUUGUUGUUAUUGACAUCGAUGGUUAUUUACAAUUCGGUGACCUGGUGACUGGUAUUUAUUUAGUGUUGUGGUGAUUGCGACCGGGUGAGCUGUGAUAAAGAUUCUAGUGAUGAAAAGAAAUUGGAAACCGAUAAAAUAAUACGUCCCUUUAUUUAAUAAAACGUGAUACGCGAGUGCAAAUAAUCAUAGUCAGUAGCGAUAAAUAACGAUAGUGAUAAUUACUAAUAUUAGUGAACUUCAUCGUUGAUGUGAACUGUAUACGAUAUAAAAAAAAAAAGUAAGAAUAUCUUUCCCCGAAAUAUUUAUUUUGUGAAUAGCCACCUUACAUUUCCUACAUAGCAAUCUAGAUCAACUCACAAGAGAACACUAUUAAACCAAACGAGAAGAAAGAAGUGCGAGCGAACAAAUCAUCAAAAAGACAAAAAAAAAAAAACAUCAGUAAUUCAAGACAGGAAGAGAGAAGGAAAGAGAGAGAGAGAGAGAGACACAAAAAAUCCACAAACACAGCUUAGCCUGUAAUUCAAGUCCACGCAGGCUACUGAGCUAUAGACACCGAAAAGACAUUAGUUUUUGACCGCGGAGUCUGAAGAGGCGAAUGUUAUGCUUAAUGAACCUUGCGUGAAUUACAGAGAUUGGAAAAUAAAUAGAUAAGGGAUUUAAUAGAUAGUGAUAAUCGUCGUGGACAGCCUAGGAAGUGAUGGUGUGAGAUUGUCUACUAAUUCCGAUAGACAAAGCGAGGAGGAGAUGAAUAGAUAGGAAGAAAUAUGAUACAUGAAUUCAAAUGAUACAUGAUAUCAAAGAAAGAAACUGUUAAGAAAAAAAAAAUAGAGAACCUCGAUUUGAAAACACACAAAAUACCAGAUUGACACAUUUUGAGAGAGAGAAAAAAAAAUCAUAAUUAUAGAAAUAAAAAGAAUAAAACUAACCCGUCUCCCAUCAAACUCUACAAAGUGAAAAAAAAAAUAUAAGAGUUAAAGAGUUUAAGGAAAAAUAAACGAAGAUUUUAAGAGACCCAAUUAUUCACCGAGAGUCGUCCACUGCAAAACAUCAGCCAUGGAGGAACAGGACGCAGAGGAAACGACCAUGUCACCGCUGAUGCAAGUUUACCUCAAGAUCAAAUUAGGAAAGCUUCUAGAGUCGCUGAAGAACAACGGCGUCGGGGCCUCGGGCGAGGGGGGCGCAGAACCCCCCACGCCCCCCCACACCCCCCAGAGGGACGGCGUCCACUCGGCUCCCUCCGACGGGGGCGCGGGACGGCUCCAGCCCCCGCCGCAGGUCCUCGAGCCCCUCCAGCAGCAGGCGCUACAGGCGAGGAUGCUCGGCGGAGGCAACUUCUCCACGCUGCUCACCCUGGCCGCUCUUCAGGACGGGAAGGGCGUCCCAGGGCAUGGCGUCCCCCUCCCCCCCACGAUGGACACCCACAAGUCCUUGCCCACCACGCCCACCACGCCCACAUCUACAGCCGUGACGCCCGGCCUCGCGGGGCUCUCGCUGGGCUCGGGGGGGUCCGCCCCCUCGUCCCUUGUGGCAGGCGGCAUGGGCGUCCGCGACCCCCUCAAGCCUCAGCUCGACUACUCCCGCUACGUGAAGCCCUUCAGCUCGGCCCUGGAGUGCGGCACCCUCUCCUGCAGGGAACACAACCUCAGAGAACACUUCCACUGCCUGGAGUGCGACUCGAAGGUGUUCAGCAAGAAGGAGGAGAUGAUCAGGCACUUCAAGUGGCACAAGAAACGGGACGAGAGCCUCCAACAUGGCUUCAUGAGGUACUCGCCCUCUGACGACUGCUCUGACCGCUUCUCCAACUGCUCACACAACCGCAAGCAGACGCAUUACCACUGCCUCAAGGAGGGAUGCGACAAAGUGUACAUCAGCACAUCGGACGUUCAGAUGCACGCGAACUACCACCGGAAGGACUCGGCCAUCAUGCAGGAGGGCUUCCAGAGAUUCCGGGCUUCAGAGGACUGCAACCAGCCCGGGUGUUCCUUCAGCGGCCAGAGGACAACCCACUUCCACUGCAUGAGGACCGGAUGCAACUACACGUUCAAGAACAAGGCGGAUAUGGAGAAGCACAAGACUUACCACAUCAAGGACGAACAGCUGACUAAGGACGGCUUCAAGAAGUUCAUGAAACAGGAGGAGUGUCCUUACGACGGUUGCAAAUUCUCCCGCGUCGUCAACCACAUCCACUGCAUUCGGCCGGAGUGCAACUAUGUACUCCACUCCUCCGGCCAGAUCUUCGCCCACAAGGUGCUCACCAACACUCUCCUCUUACACCUGAGGAAGCACGAGCGACAGGACCACGAGCGCGCCUACAGGAAGUACAAGCUGGCGCAGACGAUGCUGGGCAUGCCCGAGGGCCACCCCGCCCUCACGCCCCUGCUGCACGAGGCGCUGCGACCCCUCGGCAGUCUGGCCGGACACAUGGUCAACCCCAUGGUGGGUCCCCUCGGCCCCAUGUGCUCGGCCGACCAGCGCAGCGAGGACUCGUCGUCGCCGCUGGGGCCCGCGCCCGCGCCCGCCAUGCCGCUCUCGCUGCAGCGCCCGCCCGGCGCCCUCAUGGGCGGCUUCCCUCCCCCCGGCCUGGUGGAGUCGCAGCACCCGCUGGCGCGCCUGCUGGGCGUGGGGCCCCCGCCCGCCUCGCACGGCCUCUUCCCGGGCGCCUCGGCCACCAGCUCGGCCUCCACGCCCGCGUCCUCGUCCUCGGGCAACGCCUCGCCCGUCGACCUCAGCCUCAGCAUGGGCGGCGGCGACGACCGCGAGUGGGAGCGCUACGUGCGCUGCUACGGGCGCGAGGACGCGUGCCGCGUGGGCUGCGACCUGUCGGGCGCCGAGCACUGGCACUGCGACGAGUGCGAGACGGUCUUCCGCGGGCGCGAGGGCGCGCGCGACCACGGCCACGUGCACGAGCAGCAGGCGGCCAUCACGGACGAUCACUACACGCGCGUGUGCGCGGGCGAGGACCCGCGCCCGUGCCCGCCCGACUGCCCCGUGCAGGACCACGCCGACCACUUCCACUGCAACUGGGAGGGGUGCGGGGAGGCCGUCCUCAGCUCGGGCGACAAGCCCUUCCGCCGCCUGGAACACUUCCGGAUGCACGACUACGCCCGCCGCCUCGCCCUGGCCACCUCGCCGGGGGCUGCGGGCGCGGGCGGGCCCAUGGGCGUGGCCGCCGUCACCUCCGUCGACGCCAUGUUCAAGCGGAAGCGAGGUCGCCCGCCCAAGAACAGGAUCAUUGAGGUUUGGAAUGACUACCUUCCUGUGUCCAGCGCCCACGACUCUCCGCAAGCCAUCUUCACCAGCUUCAAGCUCCCGAAGACGUCUCCGCCGCCGCAUGGGCCGUCCCUGACCCUGCCCCCCGUCCUGGCCAGCCACCCCAUGACGCCCCUGGGCCACCUGGCGCACAUGGGCCGCGACGCCUCGCCGCCUGGCCUCAUCAUGUCCAGCUCCGCCAACACCUCCACCAGCACCACCAGCAGCGUCGUCCCCCAGCCCGCCAUCCUCGGGGGACACCUGGGCGGACCCCUGGGCGGACCCCAGCCCAUCCUCCUGCCGCUCCGGGGGCCGCUGCUCGCCAAUCCGCUGCAGCCUCAGGCGGAGGUGGUAGACGGGUUCUACCCCUGGGCCGAGGGCGUGGCCUGCCCCGACCAACUGUGCCCACUGCUGGGGCGCCGCCACUACCACUGCGCCCACCCGAGGUGUCUGUACGUCACCGCCCACACCGACGUCCUCCCGCUCCACGCCCACGAUUUCCACGAGAACACGCCCAUCCCCGAAGGGUUCAUUGCCAUCGACCGCAACAUUGACUGUCGGUCACCAAACUGUCAGAGCAACAAGGUGAACAAGCACUUCCACUGCACGCGCUGCGGCUUCUCAUUCGUGCGGUACCAGACCCUCGAGUCCCACGCGGAGAAGCACCAGCAGGAGGACGAGGGCGUGGCGGUCACGGGCGGCGCCACCCACCACAGCCUCGGCCCGCAGUCGCCCAUCUACCUGAAGAAGCCCCGGCCGGACAGCCCAAUGGACACGCCGGCCUCCGGGGGCCCCGCCGGCAGGGACUCGCCCUCCAAAGGACAAGAUCUUUCGCCUCCAGUGGUCAAGUCCUCAGGGAUCUUCUACCCGCUGUCGCCCUUCCCGACGGGCAACCCCGGCGGCAUCCGGCCGCCCAACGCGGCGCGCGGCGAACCCGGCGCCCUCGUGACGCCCAUCCCACCCUCGACGCGCCCGCAGAUGUCCACCACGUUCACGCUGCCCGUGUCGGGGAGCCUCACCAUUACCGCGACGCGCCGCUCGCCGGGGCCGCAGGCGGCGCAUUCGCCGGUGCGCGACCGCAUGGAACAGGGCGACGCCGACGACCGCGUCCACGACUUCGAGGCAGAAGCCGCCCGCUCGCUGGGCGUGCUGGGCGGUGACCCGUACUCGGCGCGCCUCCUGCAGCAGAUGACGGCCGAGCAGGCGCCCCUCGCGGCCGCCCUGGGCGCCGACUGGAUGAACCCCGAGCGCCACCCGCAGUACGGGCCGGACUUCUCGUGCGGGCGCCCCUUCUGCAAGCUCAAGAAGAAGGAGCACUACCACUGCCAGGUGUGCAACCAGGCCUUCAGCGAGCACGAGAAGCUGCGGCCGCACCUGCUGAAGCACGCCGCAUGCGGCCCCAUGACGCCCGGCGGUAUGGCGGCGGCGAGCGACGAGGACCCGCCGACGCAGGUGAAGGAGGAGGCGGACGAUGCGGGCCAGGCGCCGUCCGAGAGCGGCGAGCGCCCCUCCAGCCCGCGCAGCCCCAGCGAGAGCACGAGCAGCAGCAUGGGCGCCACGCCCCUGGCCGCGCCCGCCAGCAGCCCGCGCUCCCUCAGCGCGAGCAGCAUCUCAGGGAGCAUCAGCGGCCCUCAGUUCCCGCUGGUGUAUACGCAGGCGGCCAGCUUCCCCGGGCUGCCCACGCCCUUCGGGCCGCAUCUCGGCAUGGCGGGCAUGUUCCCGGGCACCAUCCCCCGCCUGCUGCCGCCCACGGCCUGGCAGGUGCACCCCGCGCUAGCCGCCAUGGCCCACCAGGGGCUCAUGCUGCCGGGCGUCAGACCCAACGGCGAGAUGCCCCACGGCUCGCCCGGCCCCGGGGGCAUGCCUGGCGUGAGCCCAGGGCUGCCGCCGGGCCUGCAGGGAUCGGGUGACCACAACCCCGUGCUGCCCGCCACGCUGGGGCCGUCGCCGCACCUGGCGCUGCUCGGCAAGCGGCUCGGCGCCGACGACUUCGCCUCGCAGGACGCCAAGAAGAUCCGCUCCAACCACUCCAUGCGCCUCCUCAAGGACGAGCCUGUGCCCGACGGCUACGUGCGCUUCAGGUUCAACGAGGACUGUCAGUACCCGCACUGCGGCUACCGGGAGCACCAGACCCACUUCCACUGCAUGCGGAAGGACUGCGGUUACUCGUUCUGCGACAAGACGCGGUUCGUGCAGCACACGGCGCGCCACGAGCGCCUCGACACCCUCAUGGGCGGGGACUUCAACCAGUUCCGGUCCAACGUGCCGUGCGGGCGCCCCGACUGCGUCUACGCCUCCAUGAUAGGCCAGCAGCAAAACAAGGCGUCGCACUUCCACUGCCUCAAGUGCGACUUCGUGUGCACAGACACCAACAAGGUCGUGGCGCAUCGGCGGCAGCACCAGAAGCGCGACUCCAUCAACGCCGCCGGCUUCGAGAAGUUCACGCCGUCGCAGCCGUGUGGCGUCCAGGGCUGCAACCACAACCAGAAGCAGACGCACUACCACUGCCUCAAGUGCCAGUACUCGGUGCUGGGCCUCAGCCAGAUGUCCGCCCAUCGCUUCCGCCACCUCGAAUGAAGUUGGUUCGGGGAGUAGUCUAGCGAGAUGCUCCCCUCAUGCGCCCCGCCGCGCCGCCGCCACAGCCUCGAGUGCCGCCGCCGCCCCCGUCGCCGCCGCCGCGGUCGUCGGGCGAGCGGGCGACGCAGGAACGCGGCAGGUCGUCGAGAGAGAGAGAGCUGGGCGUGCCGGCGGCGGGAGAAGGGCGUUCUUCCAGACUGCCUUGGAAAGUAGCGCUGGAAGACCUAUGUCUUGAAAGAACACCUCAGGCGGGCACGUUUUAGUCCCCGCCGCAGAGACGGAGAGUAGUACGGCGCUCGGCGCCCGUGUACUAUAGCGUAUGUUAUCUUUUAGCCGUACAUAUCAUUGUAACAUACCAACUGGUGUAGUUGUUAUACUUUCUACUGUACCUUGUAUCCAGUUUUUUGCUAGACAGAGGAAUUUGUACGAGCGAAGAAUUUGUGUUGAAGGACAAAAAAUAUAGAUAUUGCUCUUAGGAACUCCUGUGUACAAUAGAGAGAACGGGGGAGAGAAACCAUGUUGUAUACGGUGUUGUGGUUGUUCUACUCGGUGACUUAUAGUCAAGGGCCAGUGGGCGGUGACCGGGGCAGCAGCCCGAGGGCGAGGCCUGGGUCACCAGGGCGGGCCAGGUCAGCGCACGCCUGGCCUGGCCCCCCACCGCCGCCCCUGCCGAUUUCCACGCUUUGUGGACUAUAAACUGUGUUAAUCUGUUGGUUUGCUACGAACCAAUAUUAUCCUUAACUAAUUAUUAUUUUCCUGGAUGUAUGUGAUGCCGAUGAUGAUUAUGUAUUCUAUUGGUAUUCAAUACCAAGCAACCGAAGCCUCAGACCUGAACGAAACCCGAGUGCCUUGUUAAAGGUUAAACAGUGUCUUUGAGAUAGUGUCUUACUCUAGGUCGGUGUGGUGUAGCAGGUGGCCGACGCGAGCGACCGGAGGCGGGCAGCACUCGCCUCCACAACCUCCUUGUGCCUUCUCGUACCCACUUGUGACUUUCCCGCACCACCACCACCGCCGCCUCCACCGCCUCCACCUCCACCACACGCACCCGACCUCCACACUCGCCCCCACGCCCA